AUGGUACCGCUGAAAAGAUGGCAUAGGGAUAAUUUUGGGGAUAUGGACAACAUGAUAAAUAAGUUUGAAGAGAUCAAGAAGCUUGAUGAUAUGGUUAGUGCUGGUACUUAUGAUGGAACAGUGGAGGCUCGACGGGAGGCUUUGGUGAGUUGUUGUGCGAAGUGGUAUGUCAGAAAAGAGAUUCAUUGGAAGCAUUUGUCUCGAUCUCAACAUGCUAGGGACAUGGACAAGAAUACUAGAUACUUUCAUAACCUAGCAUCGGCUAGAAGGAGGAACAACAGAAUUGAUGCUUUGUUAAUCAAUGGAAGCCUAGUGCGAAACCAGGCCAGAAUAAAGGUUGCGAUUAGAGGAUUUUAUAAAGAGUUGUAUCGGCAAGAAUAUGCUCCUAUGAUUAGGUUCCGUGAUGGGUUGGUAAAGCAAAUUGAUGAAGAUGAGGUAGCAGCAUCAGAGGUACUGUCAUCGGCUGAGAAAAUCAAAGAGGCAGUUUUGGAUUGUGAGUCGACUAAAGCUCUAGGUAGUGAUGGAUAUAAUAUGAAUUUCAUUAAAAAGCGUUGA